CAUUAGUCGUUUUCUGACCGACCAAGAAGAAAACACCAACGCGAAAUGAAGUGCUUUGUCCCAUUUAUCCUAGCCCUCGUUUUGAUCGCAGCUGAGGGCAAGGUUGUACCAGCCAGCGAUGUCGAAAACCAGCAAACCGGCACUCAAACCUUUGAAGCGUCCUUAGCUGACAGCUUCAGGGAAGCCCAGAAUACCAUCAAUACUCUGGGCGCUAAGGUCCAGGAACUUCUACCCAACCAUGACGAAUUUCUUAACACAUUUAAGGAGCAUAGUACCAGUUUAGCUAAUAAUGUCAAUGAAUACAUCAAGAACAUGACCGAAGAGGUCAAGGCCAAGAGCCCGGAGUUGGAAAAUCUCUGGACGAACUUGAAGACUAAACUGUCCGAAGCUGUCGACAAACUGAACGUUAAUCAGGAGACCACAGACCAGAUUAAUCAGUUGGGUACUAAGUUCCAGGAAGGGGUUCAAGCCAUUCUAACAGAGUCCGAGAAUUCCGCCAAGACUAUCAGCGAGAACUCCGCAAAAGUGCAAGAGGGUAUCGCCAAGUUGACCAAGCAGGCAAUAGAUAUUGCCGUGCAGGCUUCUCAGAACUUGAACAAUCAAUUGAAGCAGGCAACGCCGCAACCGUAAAAUGAAAUAGUGUAUUAUUCGCGUGCGAACAUCUUGAACUAACAUAUACGGCGAAAUCGAAUUUUCACUCAACCAACAUAAUUUCACAUUAUAUCAUGAACUAUAGCUAACAAAUGAUUAUUAAUAAAAGCACUUGAAAUCAUUUA